AGAGGCUGGAAUUGAUGUACUGUUCAAACAUGGCAGAAAGCUGGUUGGAGAUAGAACUGGAACGUCGAGGCUGCAAGUAGUGAGGGUGAUUGAGUCACAGUUUGCAGAUGACGUGGCUCUGUAUUCCAGUUCUCGUGAGGACUAUGAAAUGGCAUCUAGUUUGUUGAUAUGACAAGAAAAUGGGGGUUGACUGUUAACACUCAGAAGACAAAAUGAAUAGUAAUAGGGACAGCGAUUGAUGACAGGGAUAUGGCUUCGGUACAAGUUGAUGGAGGGGAAAUUGAGAUGGUGGAUUGCUUUACGUACUUGGGGUCUAAUUUAUCAAGAGAUGAAGAUGUCACACUAGAUGUUACCAGUAGGAUCGAAAAGGCUUCCAAAGCUUUUGGAGCUUUGAGAGGUCCUAUUUUCAACAAUUCUAACUUGUCAGUGGCUACCAAGAGAGCAGUCUACAGACCAGUGGUUUUGGCAGUGCUAUUGUACGAAUAUGAAACUUGGGUGCUAAAAGCUCAAGACACAAAAAGGCUAAAUGUCUUUCACAAUCAUUGUGUGAGAACCAUACUUGGAGGAGUCAACAGAUUUGAGCAAUGGCAGGAGAGGUUAACAACACGAGUUUUAGCUGAAAAUUUUGGCAUGCAUUGGACAAUCCCUGACAUCAUAAUGGAGCAGCGAUUGAAGUGGCUGGGUCAUGUGGGUAGAAUGAAUGAGGAACGACUUCUAAAGAAACUGAUGUUUGGGGAAUUGAGGAAGACAAGACCUCGCCAUGGAACAAGAAAGAGAUGGAGAGAUCUAGUUAGUCAAGAUCUGCAAUUAGUAGAUACCAAAAACAUCUGGUACCAGAGAUGCCAAGACCGGAAUGGGUGGUUCAGUCUUUGUCAAAGAGGUGUUGAGAAGGUAGUCACAAAUCGUGGAAAAAGCAGAUGUGCAGCGAAUGUACGAUUCCAAGGAGAAAGUUUCUUAUGUGAAUGUAGAAGAUCAUUUAGAUGAC